GGGGCAAUGAACGACUAUGAGGUUAUCAGACAGAUUGGGCAGGGUGCAUUUGGAAAAGCCUUCCUGGUCAAAGACAAAGGGGGAGGUGGAAACACACAGUGUGUGGUCAAAGAGAUCAGCCUCAGGAAGAUGUCAGCAAAGGAAAAGGAAUCGUCCAAUAAAGAGGUGACAUUGCUGUCAAAGAUGAAACAUCCAAACAUUGUCACCUUCAUCCGGUCCUUUCAAGAGAGAGGCAGCCUUUAUAUAGUGAUGGAGUACUGUGAUGGAGGAGAUCUGAUGAAGAAAAUCAACAUACAGAGAGGAGUUCCUUUCACUGAGGAGCAGAUCGUCGACUGGUUUGUUCAGAUCUGUCUGGGCCUCAAACACAUCCAUGACCGGAAGAUUCUCCACAGAGACAUCAAAGCUCAAAAUAUCUUCCUAACCAACGGAGGGAUGAAAGCGAAGCUGGGGGACUUUGGAAUCGCAAGAAUGUUGAAUAAUACCAUGGAGCUGGCCAGGACUUGUGUUGGGACACCGUACUACCUCUCCCCAGAGAUCUGUGAGAAUCGGCCCUAUAACAACAAGACGGAUAUCUGGUCUCUGGGGUGUGUCCUGUAUGAACUCUGUACCCUAAAACAUCCAUUUGAGGCCAGCAGCUUGCGACAGCUUGUCAGUAAAAUCUGCAGGGGGCGCUACAGCCCAGUACCCAGCCGCUACUCCUACGACCUACGCCUGCUGGUCACCCAGCUCUUUAAGGUCAACCCACGAGACCGUCCCUCAGUCACCUCUGUCCUCAAACGUCCUAUUUUGGAGAAACAUAUCAGCAAACACCUGGAUACUCAGGUCAUGCAAGAGGAGUUUAGCCACACCGUGUUGCAUAGAAACAAAGCUGUGGGGUUUCAACCAGUUAAAACAAGAGCAGGAGCAGCAAACACACAAGGUAAGAUUCAGAAGGCUAGAGUAGCCGAGAGGCCGGGGAAUGCCAACAAGCAAGUGCCUGCUAGACCAGAUUGGAAAGUCCCUCUCAAAGCCUACACACCCAUCCACCAUAAACCUCCUCAACGUAGAGAAGCACAACUAGCAGCCAAUAGAGAGUUUCCAGGGAUCCAAAGGUUUAAUGGUCAGCAGCCUGUCAGCCAUUACCAGCACUACCACGCCCAGUUGGAUGCCUUUCAGAGGAGGAACAAAGAGGAUGUUCUUCCUCUUCCUCCUGUGGAAAGACCAAAGGAGCAAUGUGAAGACCAAGCUGCUCCUUGUUCUGUGGAACCAUAUCAGCUUGUGGCUGCCGCUCGAAAUGAAUACCUGCAGAGAAGACAGGAGGCCAACGACUACAAGCUGAGAGCAGAGAAACAGCUGGGUCUGCGUCCAUGUACAGCUGAGCGCAACAGCAAGCCUGGUGGUCAAGAGCAGGAGGUGGGCAAACCUGAACACCAACAUAUGCCUUUGGACAAGAGACAAGGGGGUCAGCAGGAGUACCUGCGUCAGCUCGAUCUCAUUAGACAGCAAUAUCACCUGGAGAUGAAACAGAUGAGGAUGAGAGCUGAAGCAGAGGCCAAGCCACAACACAAACUUGAGACCUUUGUGUUGGAGCAAUCCAAGGACAUAGAACCAUCUGUCGACAACAAAGAGCCCCAGGAAGCAGCACCAGCACUGGAUGUUGAAGCAGCUCUGAGGCAGAUCAGAGAGGAGAACAGAGACCAGAUGAGAGCUUUGGAGAGAAAACAUAAAGACAAAAGGGGAAUCAUGUUUGAGAUCCGAUUAGAUAAUGAAAAGCUAAGGGAAGAUGACGAGGAGGAGAAAGAAGGAAGAAAACAGGAUGACCAGGAAGUGGAUCCACUGAAUCGAACUCUGUCCUUCCAGGAAGGAGCACAGCUGAAGCUCAAGGAUUGGCUACAGGGGAGGAGGGGGUGGAGCAACAGGACUCCUCAGACUUUGCUGAACGCGCUCGGCGACAUGGACAUCAACUCAGUCUACAACACGGUGGUCAAGGCUGGACAAGGUGAGGAAGUGGCAGGUCGUAGGCAGUGGAUUGACGAGCCCCCUAACACCCUGCUGAGAGCUCUGGCUCAGGCUGAGCUCACAUCAUCAACUCUAGAUUCAGUGGCCACAGAUUUAGAGACACAGCAGGACGGAACAGAGGAGGAGAUUAACCCGGACAAAGAGGAGGAAAGGGCUGGUGAAGGAGAGGAGGAGUCUGAUGUGGAGAUGGAUGAAGAGCGUCUGGAGCCGAGGUCAGAUGAUGAUGACACGAACUUUGAGGAGUCAGAGGAUGAGCUGAGAGAAGCGGUGGCAGACUCCAUGAGGAACCUGUUUGUCAUGGAGGACACGAGCUCAGACGAAAAGGAGCAGGGACCAGUAGCUGAUAGGAUGGAGGAGGAGAUGGAUGAAGGUGCAGUGAGCUGUGGAGAUCCUCAACAAAUCCAAGCAGAGGUCCAGAAUUCAAGUGAAGAAGCGGGAUCGUUCAAGGUAUUUCCUGCUGAGCCUGAGUCCCACAGACAACAUACCACAGCUUCAAACGAGCAGCAUCAGACUCCUUAACCGCCUGCAAACUUUAACAUUUUGAUUUUGUGAGAGUUGGGCAAAAAUGUAAGAGUAACUGGAAUCUGAUAAUAAAAAGUGAUUGUUUUCAUGAUAUGAA